GUGAAAUAAUAAUAAAAUUAAAUUAAAUAUAAUAAACAAAACGCAUACACACCUUUAAACGUUUUCGGCUGCACGAUAUUUACUAUCGAAACCCCACUUUGUUGUGAUCUGUUGUGCAGUUAGCGCGUCGUGAGCUGUAGCGCCUAUAAACCGUUUUUUUCUGUGUCCAGCAGUGUUUUUUUUUGCAUCGCGUGUGCGUUGAUUUGGCUUAGUGGAAAUCCAAACUGUCUAAUAAUCGUACUUCCGAAAGUUUUCAGCCGUUUCCUCGAUUUCAUUAGUGCAGGGAGAUUUCCACUCCCUGGUGGAGUGUUUGAAGAUGAAGUUUUUGGAUGUUUUUUGCUUUCGACAAAGAGUUGCAUUCUUCGAUAAGCAAGAGGGAAUACUGACCUUCUGUCUGACAUCCAGAGGCACUGUUUCAACAACAAAUCGAACGUAUUUGUCAAGUGAAAUUGCAACCGAGCCGGAGCUAAGUGCGGAUACGCCAGCCUAUUAUAGAUCUCGUGACGAAGACUACGAUACAAUAAACAAUAAUAAUAAUAAUAAUAAUAGUAGCAACAACAACACUAAGUACAUCUACACAAUCAGCAAAGCCGAAGACGAAAGCUUAGCGAAUACAGUGGUACGACAACAACCAAAAUCAUCCAGUAAUUCAAACCCGCCCACAGACUUGUUAAAGCAGCCACUGACAAACGGCAGAAACGCAAUCCAAACCUUAUCUGCAACAGAUUUGGUGCGUAAUUUACGUUUAGAAAACAAAUUACCCUCCACUGCUAAACGUAGUCCGCACGAGGCGUCUACUAAGAAAGCCAGCGCAACCAAAACACCAGUCACGGCUACUUUAUCCAUAACAAAAUCCAUACAGAAUCUACAAAGUAAAAGUCCGAAAAUGGCUUCUAGCGCUAAUUUAAAUAGUACAGGUGCGCCAGCUGCGGCACAUUCAACAUCUGAGAAGCAGCCCUGGCCCAAUUCGAAGGACGAUUACGAGCUGCGCGAUGUCAUUGGUGUGGGCGCAACCGCCGUCGUUCACGCCGCACUCUGCCUGCCACGCAAUGAGAAGUGCGCCAUUAAACGCAUCAAUUUGGAAAAGUGGAACACGUCUAUGGAUGAAUUGCUCAAGGAGAUACAGGCGAUGUCGUCGUGCAAUCACGAAAAUGUCGUCACCUAUUAUACAUCGUUUGUGGUGCGCGAGGAGUUGUGGUUGGUGUUGCGUCUACUCGAGGGCGGCUCACUGUUGGACAUAAUCAAGCACAGAAUGCGCACGGCGAAUUGUAAGCAUGGUGUCUUUGAUGAGCCAACCAUCGCUACGGUGUUGAAGGAGGUACUCAAGGGUCUCGAGUAUUUCCACUCGAAUGGUCAGAUACAUCGUGACAUCAAGGCGGGUAAUAUACUGAUCGGUGAUGAUGGUACUAUACAAAUUGCCGAUUUCGGUGUUAGUGCUUGGUUGGCAACCGGUCGUGAUCUGUCACGGCAGAAGGUGCGUCACACAUUUGUCGGCACACCCUGUUGGAUGGCGCCCGAGGUGAUGGAGCAGGAUCAUGGUUAUGACUUUAAGGCGGACAUUUGGUCAUUUGGCAUAACUGCCAUUGAGAUGGCUACCGGCACAGCACCCUACCACAAGUAUCCACCCAUGAAGGUGUUGAUGUUGACAUUACAAAAUGAUCCGCCCACAUUGGAUACCGGCGCGGAUGAGAAGGAUCAAUACAAAGCCUACGGCAAGACAUUCCGAAAAAUGAUUGUGGAAUGCCUGCAAAAGGAGCCCUCAAAACGACCCACCGCCAGUGAAUUGCUGAAGCACGCCUUCUUCAAGAAGGCCAAAGACCGCAAAUAUCUCACACAAACACUGCUCGCCUCCGGCCCGUCGAUGGAAACGCGUGUGCACAAAGCAGCCAAGCGGCAACCCGGCGCUUCGGGCCGCCUACAUCGCACUGUCACCGGCGAAUGGGUGUGGUCGAGUGAGGAGGAAGACAACGGCGGCAAACAUCAUUCAUCAGACUCUGAAUCGGACGAUCGACCAAUUAAUCGUCUGGAACGCGCCGAUUCCUCAGAUAGCGAUCAUGAUGACUACUCAGAGACCACAGCAACUGCAACGGAACCGGUACAGCAGCAACUACCAGCUACUGCUGCUGGUGCUACUGCUGCACCAGCCGCAAAUGUACCAACACCAGCUAUGAAUAUACCUACGCCUGUUGUUGCUGCUGCACCAAACAACAAUGUAGCGCCACCACAACCAAUCGAUGCUGCUGCAUUAGCACAGGCCACAGCCGGCUUAGCGCAAAUGCCCAUGCCUUCAGUAGUGCCGGCCGCCGCAGCAGCAGGGGUAGCAGUAGUAGCGGAUGUCGGCGAAGCACCACCUGUCAAUCUAGUGCUGCGCAUGCGCAAUCAACGACGCGAGCUACAUGACAUACGUUUUGAGUUUGCCGUGGGCAAAGAUUCAGCCGAAGGCAUUGCCAUGGAAUUGGUCGACGCCGGACUCGUCGACGCGUUAGAUACGCAACCAAUGGCUGUGCAUUUGCAACAAUUAAUUGAACAGCGCGCAGGGCUGAAAACCAUAACGUUCCAAUUGAAUUCGGGCGUACAGCCGGGUGAGGUGCUCGACGAUCGCUCCCUGGUGGGGUAUGCGCAGAUAUCGAUAACGGAUUAGGAGGAGUCGGAAGAGCAGUGCGGUGUGUUGGAUUGUGUUGUUGGCGAUUUGGCGAUGUCGGCGGCAUCGGUAAUACCGAUUGUUUGAAUAUGAACGCUGGAGUCGCGUGUGAGGGGGAAUCGAUGAAAAUUGAGCAUGCGCCUGCAUAUAUGCAACAUUGUUGGGUUAUGGUUUUAAACAUUAGAAUUGUAUGUCAUUUUAAAAUUGUAAUAUUUUAAAAUAUUUGUAUGUAUGUAUUUGCCAAAACACACCGCUUGUUAGCGUUUAACAUAUGAAAUCGAUUAUAUUAAAAUAUAUUAUUAAUUUAAUAAUAAAUAAUAAUAAUAUUAUAAAUUUUUUUUUGGGCAUAAUAAAGUGUUUAGUUUAUAAUACUGAUAAAAAUAGUUGAUGAUCUGCAAGGCACCUUUAUGCAGCGAGGUCGCUGUAGACACACACCCCCACAUCCACUCACAACUGAAAGUACUUACGAUUACAUGUAAUUCUCAAAACUUGUAAUUAUUUAUUGUGUAUUCUUUUUUGUAUAUGUUGUAUGUAUAAUUACUCGUAGCAUAAAGCGCCGUUCUUAUGCAGCCGCCACCUCCUAACACUGAUAAAGGAGGUGCUGGAGCAAAAAAUAAAAAAAAACUAUAUAUAUAUAUAUAAAUAAAUAAA